CCGCGACUUGGCGGUUGGCUGCAAAGACGCGGAUGCAGGCCUUCUCGUUCGAGCCGCCGGUCGUGCCGGUAGACGCAAGCAGCCUCGCGGCCGAGACCGACGUGCGCGCCAAGUACCACCGCGCACUCUCGGUCGUCUCGGCCAUCUUCAACAAGUACUACAACGGGUCGCACCGCGCGGUGGACGUCGAUGUGGCGCGGCGCCUCGUGGCCCACGAAGAUGCGCUCUUUAGUAUCCAGUGCCACAUCGAACAAGGCCCGGCUGCGAUUCAUCGCGAAAAGAAGGCGUCCGAGGUGCGCGACAUCACGGGCCAUGUUGCGGCCCACGCCCACCAGUCGACACCGUGGUUUGCGCUCUGUGGCGGGUACCUCCCCGGUCCCGGCUCUGUCAUGCGAGAGUGGGACAAGCUCGGUGAAAUGGCGCCGGAAGCAGCGAUGAAAGAGUAUGUUGGUCUCGUCGAUCGGCUCUUGCCCGGCUGGGACGAUCAGUCCGAGUUCCCAGUCGCACGCCAGGACCGGUUCUGGCAAGACGACGCCGUGCGCUCUGCGUGCACGGUGUGCGAGGCGCCGUUCACGGUGCAAAAUCGACGCCACCACUGUCGCAUGUGCUUUGACAUCUUUUGCCAUCUCUGCACGGCGUCGCAGGUCGAGCUGCUGCUUUCGAGAGGUGCGCCGCCGCGCAAGUACCGUGUCUGUGGCGCGUGCAAAGCCAGCAUCGACAACGACAAGGGGCUUGCCGAAGUGCGCCGGCUGGUGACGGAGAACCGGCGUAUCAAAGAUGCGAUCCAGGCACUCGCCAAGACCACAGAAACGCAGGUUGCGGCACAAGCGGCUGUCGUCGCCAAGCUGCGCGCAGAAGCCACACACCUCGGCUGCGACGUGGCCAAGCUCGACGCCAUCACGGCCGCCAAGCUCGGCGCGUCGCCGUCGCGCACAAUGGAAGAACUCAAGACGCCACCGGCGCACAAGUUCAAGCCAAGCGAGUCGGUCGAGGCGUGUGCCCAGCUGCGCGUCGCCCACCGCCAGCUUGGUAUGUGCUUGAAGGUCGCCGAGGUCCGGUCCAAGAAGGCACUCGAGUCACUGAACGUGGCCAUCGCUGUCUACGAAGAGGCCAUUCGCCACAAGAAGAUUCGGUGGCACCCCGUCGCGACGGGGGCGCUCCCAUACUUCAAUGUCUUUGACAUUGCCAUGUUGAGCCAAACGUGCAAGACGCUACAUGCGUACAUUGGCAAACACGAUUUGCAGCGAAAGGCCAUUGCGCAGCAGGCCUUUCCGGUUUGUUUUCGGCCGCAAAUGUGGCUCUCGCGCAUCUGCAGCGACAGCGACACCAACAAGUUCAUUUGCGACCUUGCCGAAGCACUCACGUCCGCGCUGAGCCUCGAGUACGACUCGGACCAAGCCGUGCAGUGGUACUCGAUCAUGCCCAAGUCGUCGCCGAUCUGGUCGGAAGCGUACGCUCUGAUUCUUGAGCGCUGUGGUGCGGUCGGCCACCUCGAGCACGACAAGCAGAUCGUCGCGGACGUCGGGCGCACGUUUGGCCGCUCUGCCGUGCGCAAGACCAAGCGCCGCGAGCGGCAAGCCGAUCCGUACGAAGGAUUGGACCGCGAGCCGAAGAAGGACUCGCUCAUCAACGUGCUUCGCGCCUUUACGAGCACCAACUCGACCGUGGGCUACUGCCAGGGCAUGAACUUUUUGGCGGCCUUUAUGCUCGCCAACGUCGAGUGGAACGAAGCGCAGGCCUUUUGGCUCCUAACGGCGAUGGCGGUCUCGCCUACAUACGAGAUCAUGGACAUGUACAAGCCGGGCGUUCCGCUGCUCAAUUUGCGCUUCUUCCAGCUCCAUAUGCUCGUCAAGCAGUGGUUGCCCGCCGUCCACGCGCACUUUGAAGCGCAGGAUUUUCAUGUGAGCAUGUGUGCCUCGGGGUGGUUUAUGACAUUAUUUACCAACUUUGACACGCUGCCGCCGGACGCUGUCGUCCGCACCAUGGACGGUUUUGUUGUCUACGGCUGGAAAAUGAUCUUCCGCGUCGCGCUGGCGCUCCUCACGUACCUCGAGCCGGCAAUCCUGGCCGCUGACUUUGAAGCGAUCGUGGAUCUCUUCUACAACUUGGAUGACGGCGCGCUCAUCCUGCACCCCGAGUACCUCGUCCACGCAGCCAACAAAAUCAAGGUCACCAAUUCUAUGCUGCGGGCGCUUCAAGACGACUAUGACGAGCUGUACCCUUCCAGUCUCGGCGCGACGCUGUCGCCGCGCCACGAGACCGCGGGGAGCACACCAGCGCUGCCAUUGCUCAAGCUCACCUCUGCGUCGGUCGACGACGUGGGGCCGGAUACCAUUUGCACCACGACCUAGAUAACGUUGUCUGUUGUUUCUCGCUAGUACAAGCUGAGCAAAUUGGGAAUGUGGAGGUGCAUCGCUCUCCUUAUAUGGUG